GGAGAGAAGAGCGUCUCUGUCGCGCGUAGGAGGAGGAGGGGCGAAAGGGAAUCCCAAGAAGGGGCUACAAAUAUCGCGUUGCUGCGGUGCCAUAAGUAACCGCUUCACCCGAGAAGAGAGAGGGUGGAGGAACGACGGGUGGGUGAAAGAAACGAACACGAGUUUUACUUAAUGUGUGUGUUUUGUUUUUUUGGAGGGGACGUGCGCGCGCUCUCAGACACGAGGUGAUGUUGACCGAACCGGACAGGCUCCUCCGCCGCGAAUAAGCGGCAGUGACACCCUGACCGAGGGGCUGGGGCACGACGCGCGUCCGUACCAUCGUGUAGUUAUGUGUAAAAUAAUCGAGUGUUUGUUUUCCCCCCUCGCCGAGCCUUGAACGCGCCGUCCUUUGUGGCCACACGUGGAGACGAGCUCACGUUUUCUUCGUGGAGAUUGUCGUGAAGUGACCGAAGUACUUCAGUGUUUGGAUCGGCUGAUCGCACAUGGACGUUGAGUUCUCCGGGCCUUCGAGUCGCUCAGCUGGGCAGCAUCAAAGCGCACGGACCACUGGGAAAAUGUCAAGGAUGCUCCCAGAAGGAGCCGCGGAGAGAGCGGCGUGAUACUCAGCCGAGGAGACAGAGGACGCCGAUCACAAGUGCAGCUUAGAGAAUAACGGUCGCUGAUUUUAAGGGGCUUUUUUAAAAAAAAAAAAAAAACAAUGGGACCUCUUGGCACGUUUUCGUGGGCUUCUUCGACGUGACACCGGACACACAGGAACUCUGUUGCUGCUGCUGUUGUUGUGUUGGUGUUGUGCAGUUCGGGCGUGAAGUGGAAGUAGCAUCCUCACUGGGUCACAACCCAGAUUAGUGUAAGGUGACAGAAUUGUUUUAGUGAAGGGGAAUCCUGACCGAGAGCCACACGGCUCGUCACUGCACCAUGGAUGACUCGGGGAUAAUACGGCGGCGGAGGCUGCAGGAUUUGCCACUGCCUCGCAAAAACAGCAGGUGAGUGUUACCUUUGUUUAACCCUUCCUUUCUUCUCUCUAUCCCUCUCUCUCUACCACCCAUCCACUCCCUGGGGAAAGCACAAUGUUCUUCAUGGACAAAAAAACAAUCAUACCAAGCUGCGGUACAUCUUGUUUAUCAAAGCCUCUCUUCCCGAGCGUACAUGAGGCUGGGAAGCUCUCUGGGAUCACAAGCAUGCUUUUCACAUUCUGUCUGAAAGCUAUGAGGAUGCUUCAGUAGUGCUCAGGGUGUGGAGUGUGGAUUUCUUGUGUGAAAGAGGAGGAUGAGGUCUCCUGAAGUAAUGCUGGAGUGUGUGGAAGCCUUAUUAGGCCAGUUGGGAGCUCCCGGCGCUGUCCAUGGUGCUGAAAGCCAUGCCGCAUUCUCCAACUUGUUCCAAAUUGUCAAAUUUUGCUAUCUGCAUAAAGUAGGCACAUUUAUUAAGUAUUUGGUUGAAAUAUUAUACUGUUUAAUGGACUACAGUUAAAGAGCCAAAGAUUUUAAAUCAAGGGUGGUUUACCAGUGACGAGUGACCUGUUUGAGAAAACGGUCACUGGAGACACAAAUUACUUUUGGGCUUGCGUCAGGAAGGGUAUCCGAUGUAAAGGUCUGGCAAAUCAAAUAUGCAGGGCUACCUGCUGUGGCAAACCCCUGUGAGAAGGGAGCAGCUCAAAGUUGUUAUGUGACAGAAACAUAAAAAAAAAUAGUUAAUACAAGUUUAAGCAUUGUGCUGAUGAUUAUUUUUUCGGACAGGUCCAGACUACCCUUUCCUUGUGAGAAGUGUGGAGUAGUCUCCACACUUUCUGAAGGUUCAAAGUUUUUCUUGAUUCAUUGGCUACUUUUUCACUCACUGUCAGUCCAGUUCUUGUAUCUGACCAUUUUUAGGAGAUUUUAGAAGAAGUUUGUUAAGUCACUAAUAAACAUCACAGACAAUUUAGCAGAUAAUCUAUUUUAAAGCCAUUUUGUCCCAACUUGUCAUAAAAGCACAUAAUUUGUUUCUAUUUCUUUCUUAGUUGAAUAUAUAAAAUAUGCUGAAGAUAACACAGCUCUGCAGGCAUAAAAUAGUAUUUCUGCACCAGCAAGCUGGUUCCCAAAAUGCUAAUAGCCGAGAACAAGGGAUGCAGUGUGUCCUUAAAAAAAUCUGAGGAAACUGGACAAAUAGAGAGGAAAAGAAGUGACAGGCCAAAAAAAACUAAACGAAUAGUGUCUGAAAGUCAUGUCCUUAAGAAAUAGGAACAAAUCUGGCACAGGACUGGAGAGAUACUUCAGUUGAUCCAUCUUCUGUUCAAUGAAGCAUCAUCAGAAAUGAUCUUAGUAGAAAGGUGGAAUGGCUGUCAAAAGCCAUUUUUAAGAAAGGAAAAUAGGAAGAAAGGGCUUAGAUUUGGCAAAUUACACAACAACUGGAUGGACAAUCAGUGACAGCUGGUCUGAUGAAUCCACAUUUGGUUAAAAUCAUUGUCAGUAUAUACAGAGGAGGUCAGGAUAAUGGAGGCUCCAUCAUGGUUUGGGGCUGCAUUUCAGUAAGUUGUGUUGGAAGAUCUUCUCAAAACUGAUGAAAUUUUGAAUGCAGAAAAGUGAUGAAAAAUGAUCCAACAUGCAGUACCAUUAGUGUCUGAUUGGCAACAGCUUCAUCUUUCAGUAUGACAGUGAUCCCAAACACACACUGGCAAUACAGUAAAAGCAUACCUAGACAGAGAAACACCAAGAGCACAAAACACAACACAAUCAGUCACUGGACCAUCCAACUGUAUUUGUGCUUUUUGGUGUACUUUUGAUUAAUUUAAGUGUCUGAUAGAUAACAUAGCUUGCUUUCCCAGUAGCAGACAUAUUUGGGCCUGUGGUGAAUGUUUACGUGGGCAAGCCAGAAAGUCAUGAGUCAUGCUUGACACACAGCAAGGCAGGUUCUGGGUGGGGCAGAUUUGGCCCAAAUGUCACAACAUACUUGACAUCUGUCCCUCGUAUUGUAAGCUGGCAGCUGAGUUGCGGCAGCCAGACUCAAGCUGAGUCAACACCAUCAGUCAAGGCCAUAUGUGGCUCAUAGAAAACUGCAUAUGUGGGUCACAUUUUUGCCAAGAGCCCGUCCAAGAAGUCUGUGUUUCGGUUUUGCUGAAUUAAAUUCUGGUUUGUAAUUUUUUUGUAUUACAUAAAUAAUUAGAAGGUGUUCGUGUCUGUGUAGCACACCUGUGCAUUUUUAUGUGUGUCUUACUGAAGUUUGUACUAGCUGAUGAGUUAGCAGGCUAGCUUUAACUAAAAAACAAAAGAAAUAGAAAACUAUAAAGCUUUAAAAUGAGAAACCACAAACCAGUGGGUGCUAUCACCGUGGUUACAUCAUCUUUUAUGUAUUGUCGCACUGACCUGUCAACAGUCUCUUGUGCCCACUCCCAUCUACACUCAAGCCAUCCCAAGUCACCAUGGGUAAUCACACAUGAAAUGAUGGCAGGGAUCCUGUUCCCGACUCUGUUUGUUUCCAGACCAUUUUCUUCAACCAUCUCAUCUUUUCCACCUCCUCUCCCUUAUUUUACCAUCUGAAUUCAGUCUGUCACUGUCUCCUCUGCAUCACAUCCCAUUUGCCUCUGCAGGACACCACCAACCCACUAUGUAUUAUAGAUGAGCUCACUGGAGUUGGCUUCAAAUUCAAUCUGCCUACUGCAACCAUUCAUGGGUAAACACAGCCAUUGAUAGUUUGUGUGUGUGUAUGCACGUCUGGCAUACUACAUCAACAUUAGCUCCGCUUUUUGAUCCCAUUCAAAUUGUUUUUUUACUUAUGUAACUGUCCACAUGUCCUUGUCCUUUGGUCAUUUCUUUAGUUGCUGCUGAGAUAAAUUAACCUGCCUGUACUCUCCUUCCUUCAUUUAUGGAAUAAACAGCCUGCAGUUAAAGCUUUUAAUUUCCCAUCGACUUCAGAGGAAAACACAAAACAGAAGCACAAGUAACUCAUAAAACCACAUUGUGUACUAUGGCACCUCAGCCUUGAGAAAAUGACCCAUAAUCCCCUGCCGCCUUUUGUUGUUCCUUUCUAAAAGAGAGACCCACCCUUCCUCCCUGCAUCCCUCCCUCUGUGCUGUGCUCCCUCUCUCUCUCCCUCUCUCUCUCCUUUGGUUCUCUUGCACACUUGCCCAGACACACAGACACCAGCGCACCUCUAAAGGUGGUGGGAGCCACAGUAUGCGUUGCAUUGCGAUAGCAUUUUGCCAGAGACCUGCUGCUUUCUGACUUCUCAUCGCCCAGCUUUCAACUACACCGAAAUACAAGCAAUAUGUUCCGACGCACUAAAAGCUGUCGUACAAGCAACAGAAAAAGUCUGAUCCUGACGACCACGUCCCCCACGCUCCCUCGGCCUCACUCCCCUCUGCCCCUCCCUGGACACCUCGGAAGCAGCCCACUGGACAGCCCACGAAACUUCUCUCCCAGCAACCCAGCCCACUUCUCAUUCGCCUCCUCCAGAAGGGCCGAUGGACGACGAUGGUCUUUAGCGUCGUUGCCCUCUUCUGGAUAUGGUACCAACACUCCCAGCUCCACGUCCUCCAGCUCUUCUCAGGAGCGACUGCACCAGCUGCCCUUCCAGCCCACCAUGGAUGAGCUCCACUUCUUAUCCAAGCACUUUGGCAGCACAGAGAGCAUCAUGGAUGACGAUGGGGGCCGCUGCUCUCCCCACAUGCGCCCUCGCUCCCGCAGCCUCAGCCCAGGACGCUCCUCCUCCUGCUACGAUAACGAGAUAGUCAUGAUGAACCACGUGUACAAAGAGCGUUUUCCAAAGGCCACGGCUCAGAUGGAGGGGAGGCUGGCUGAGUUCAUCCAGGCUUACUUGCCUGAAAGUGUUCUUCCGCUGGCCGAUGGAGUCCUCAGCUUCAUCCACCAUCAGAUAGCAGAGCUGGCCAGAGACUGCCUGGCCAAAGCUCGCGAAGGCCUCAUCACCUCUGUGUACUUCUUCGAGCUACAGGAGAAUCUGGAAAAGCUGCUUCAUGAUGCAUUUGAGCGCUCGGAGAGCUCCGAGGUAAUCUUUGUCACGGAGUUGGUGAAAAAGCUUCUGAUCAUCAUCGCCAGACCUGCAAGGCUUUUGGAGUGUCUGGAGUUUAACCCCGAGGAGUUUUACCAUCUGCUGGAGGCAGCUGAGGACCACGCCAAGGAGGGUCAUCUGAUGAAAACAGAUAUCCCUCGUUACAUCAUUGGCCAGCUGGGGCUUACUCGAGACCCGAUUGAAGAUAUGGUUUACUUGGAAAGUUAUGACAGCGAGGGACCAGUGACACCUGAAACAGAUGACUCCACAGAGGGUAAGAUGAGAGCAAUGAAACCACCAGGAGAAGCAGACUUCCAGACCAUCAAGCUGAUAAGUAACGGAGCAUAUGGCGCUGUUUACCUGGUGCGGCAUCUGGAGACACGGCAGCGAUUUGCCAUGAAGAAGAUUAACAAGCAGAACCUGAUACUGAGGAACCAAAUCCAGCAGGCCUUCGUAGAAAGAGACAUUCUCACCUUUGCAGAGAAUCCCUUUGUCGUCUCCAUGUUCUGCUCCUUUGAAACACGUCGGCACCUCUGCAUGGUCAUGGAGUACGUAGAAGGUGGGGACUGUGCCACCCUGCUAAAGAACAUCGGGGCUCUGCCCGUGGAAAUGGCACGCAUGUACUUUGCAGAGACAGUCCUAGCGCUGGAGUACUUACACAACUAUGGCAUUGUGCACCGUGACCUCAAACCUGACAACCUCCUAAUUACCUCAAUGGGCCACAUCAAACUGACUGACUUUGGCCUGUCGAAGAUGGGUCUGAUGAGCCUGACCACCAACUUGUAUGAAGGACACAUAGAGAAGGAUACUCGAGAAUUUUUGGAUAAACAGGUGUGCGGAACUCCAGAGUAUAUCGCCCCAGAGGUUAUUCUUCGUCAGGGUUAUGGAAAGCCAGUGGACUGGUGGGCGAUGGGCAUCAUCCUGUAUGAGUUCCUGGUGGGCUGCGUGCCUUUUUUUGGAGACACUCCAGAGGAGCUGUUUGGACAGGUCAUUACAGAUGACAUAGUGUGGCCAGAAGGAGAUGAGGCUCUUCCUGUUGAUGCCCAGCACCUGAUCUCCUCUCUUCUGCAGACAAAUCCGCUGGUUCGAUUGGGCACAGGUGGUGCUUUUGAAGUGAAGCAGCACUCAUUCUUCACUGAGGUGGACUGGAACAGCCUGCUGAGACAGAAGGCAGAGUUCAUCCCUCAUCUAGAGUCAGAGGAAGACACCAGUUAUUUUGACACUCGUUCAGAGCGCUAUCACCACGUGCAUUCAUACGAUGAAGACGAUACCAAUGACGACGAGCCUGUGGAGAUUCAUCGCUUCUCGUCGUGUUCCCCUCGCUUCAGUAAGGUAUACAGCAGUAUGGAGCAUCUGUCUCAGCUGGAGCAUAAACCCCAUGGCGUGACUCUACGGGAGCACAAGGUCCCCAGGGAGGAUCGCUUAGCCAAGAGAGAAAGCCUGGGAAGUGUCACCCUCCGAGAUAAGAGCUGGAGGACUGGCUCACCGGAGAUGAAGCGUUUAUCCUGCUCAGAGUCCUCCUUCACUGAGAGUGAUUCCAGCCCUCCGUCUGGGGCACGGAGGCGCUUCUCUGCUCUUAUGGAUUCUUACCGAUUGGCCUCCCCUCUGGAGUUGGACUCUGAGCUGCCUGUCCCGGGCAGACAACCUCCAGUGAAGGCCAGGGGAACGUCUCUGGAAGGAGCCAUGGGUACCAUCUCUUCUCAAGGCGACCUGAGGGCAUUCCUUAAAGAAAGUAAUGGCUUUGCAGCUGCCGACAAACUGUUGAGACCUGCUGAUGCAUCACUGCCCCUGCCAAGCAGUGCUACCAUUCUGGGGCUCCCAGACCCACCGGGGACUCGUGGGGCCACCACAGACCUGGUGCUGCGAAGAGUUCGCCACCAGCAGCUCUCGGAAGGAGAAAAACGCAGCUCAAGACCAGGAACUAAAGUUAUCAAAUCUGCCUCUGCCACUGCUCUGUCUGUCAUCAUUCCAGCAGUGGAACAACACGGUGCAUCCCCUCUGGCGAGCCCCAUGUCGCCCCGCUCCCUCUCGUCCAACCCUUCCUCUCGUGACUCAUCCCCCAGCCGAGACUACUCCCCGAUGGUCAACAUCCUGCAUUCUCCCAUCACCAUCCACCGCUCUGGGAAGAAGUACGGCUUCACCCUCCGAGCUAUCAGAGUCUACAUGGGAGACAGCGAUGUUUACAGCGUGCAUCACAUGGUCUGGCAUGUGGAAGAUGGAGGUCCGGCUCAGGAGGCUGGACUUAGUGCUGGUGACCUCAUCACUCAUGUAAAUGGAGAGUCAGUCCACGGUUUGGUCCAUACAGAGGUGGUGGAGCUGAUCCUGAAGAGUGGGAACAAGGUGACUAUUACAACAACUCCUUUUGAAAACACCUCCAUCAAAGUGGGUCCUGCCCGCAAGUCCAGCUAUAAAUGCAAGAUGGCACGACGCAUCAAGAGGACCGGAGCCAAGGACGGACAAGAUAAGAAGCGCAGCUCCCUGUUCAGGAAAAUCACCAAGCAGUCCAACCUGCUCCACACCAGCCGGAGCCUCUCGUCUUUAAAUCGCUCCCUGUCGUCUGGAGACAGUCUCCCGGGCUCCCCCACCCACAGCCUCUCUGCCCGCUCGCCCACUCAGAGUUAUCGUGGCGCUCUUGAAUCCCCGCACCUGGGUACAUCAUCCCAGAGCAGCUCCCCGGCCUCCAGCACCCCUAACUCACCUGCAACCACUCACCACAUGAGACCCAGCUCCCUACAUGGGCUGUCUCCCAAACUUCACCGGCAGUACCGCUCGGCUCGCUGCAAAUCUGCUGGCAACAUCCCAUUGUCUCCCCUGGCUCACACCCCGUCCCCGACCACCUCCUCUCCUCCACCUCUCACUGGGCACACGGUAGGGAGCUCUAAUACCACGCAGAUGUUUCCUGCCAAGCUGCACUCCUCACCUCCUGUUGCCCGCCCACGUCCCAAGAGUGCGGAGCCACCCAGGUCCCCUUUGCUGCAGCGGGUGCAGUCUGCAGAGAAGCUAGGAGCACAGAUUUUGCCUUCUUCAUCAUCAUCAUCGCCCUCUCCUCUGACAGGGGGGGUGUCAUUACGCAAGCAUAGCCUGGAGGUGACACACGGGGACUACAGGAGAGAGUCCUUCCACUGUGAGCACAGUCUACAAAGUCUGCUAGAGAUGGAAGGAGAGAACGGACCCGCUCCCCCAUCUCCUUCAUCAUCAUCCUCCCCCUCUCCUCCUAUGGGAGGGGAGGUUGGAGGCCUAAAGCCUGUGAGACGUCUGGGAAGGCAGGAAUCGCCACUCAGCCGUGACACACUCUUAACAGCAAGAGAGAAAGAAGUCCAAACCACAGAGUCUGAGCUUGCUGGGUCACAAACUGAGAGUGCAGCUUCUAAAGCAGAGUCUAAGAUGAGCGUCGUUGACACAUGUAAAACGUUACUUCCUGCUGAGGUUGCAAAGAGUCAUGGAUGUGGAGCUGCAGUUGAAAUCAAGUCCAGUGCUUCAUCUUCAGAGGUUAAGCCUGGUUCUGGGAUCAAAGCUCCAAGUUCAAGCCUUUCCGGUUCUGAGGCAGCAACUUUUAAGAGUAAACCCAGCGAAAAAAUGUCUCCUUCAGGCACAUCAAAGGGCCUGCUAAAGCAAGACUCCAAGCAGCAAAGUGCACAAACAGAUAGUGGACCUGCAACAAAAGCUCAGGAGAAGACUGAGGAGAAGGCAAAAGGCCCUUUAGCUGCACACAAAGGGACCUUUCAGAAAGCACCUACAGAGCAGCUCAAGCAGCGUAAAGGUACAGACACGAUAGAGAAAGGAGCAAGCUAUAAAGCUAGUGAUACCACCAAGCUCAAAGGACCUACACCUGUAAUUCCAAACCAGGGUCAAGCCCACGCUGCAGCCAGAUGCAAAGAGGAGAAGCCAACAAACAGAGGAGUCAAGGAGGAGAGGCAACACCUGGAGGUCCUGGAGGAGAACCCCAUGUCGCCUUCCUCGAAUGCAGCCUCACCCGCCUCGAGCAAGUCACGGCCCAUGUCUCCAGGGGAUAAAGCCAGCUUCGUUACCCAGCUCACAAGCGUGGCCAAAACAGUCCUCGGGCCUAUGAAGGGGGGAUCACAAGAGGGAGGCAAGGUAAAAGACAUAUCCAAGUCUGGCGAGGAGAAGCGGGGAAGCACUGCAGGAAAAGGAGAAGCUUCGUCUGUCAGUCUCCGCCGGGGGGCUCAGACAGCAGCCAGCACUAUCCAAUCUGAUAAAGGAAACAUUCGCAGCUCUAAGCAUCACUCGUGAUAAGAGCUUCAGAGGGAGUGCGAUUGUCCCAUGCAAUGCCUUUUUAACUGUAGCAUCAAGCUAACAUAUCAUGAAUUUACACGAAAUGUAAAUGGAGAGACAUGCUGAAAAAAAGACCAAAAAAGAUGACAGAACAAAGUUGCAUCAGCUGACUCCUGCUGGAAAACAUGUGCACAUGGUGUCCUAAUGUAGACCUGUGUAUGUACUGUAUGUUCAUCACAUUAUGUUGUAUAUAGUACAAACAAAUGCAUAUGUCUGAAUGCAUGUCUAACACUGUACAUGGGAAAUGAAAGAAUAUUUAAAAAAAUUUAAUUAUACAGCAGACCUUAAGGUAGAGAACACUGUGAACAACUUUUCAACUGAACACAGCCACAUGUGCAGACAGGUCGAGUCUGUUAUCCUUGUAUGGGGGUCCAGUAGUGCCAAAAUUAUGUUCAUGUGUUUGCCGUGUGUGUCGAUUUCACAUGUGACUAAAUAUUUUUUAUGUCAUUUCAAAGACUUAACUCGUAGCAGGAAGAAAAAACUGUGAAAGACAGAAUUGAUUUUUUAAAUGCUCUUAUGUAAUAGCAUUUUUAUUGUGAGUCAGCUUCACAAUAUGUUGAAGAUUACUUUCUGUUAUGGAUCUCAGGCUCUGGAACAAUCUGUGUAAGGUCCUUCCAAACAGCUGAUAAUUUUAAAUAACUUUUGGAGACCCAACAAAUUGUGUUUGCUUUUAGUCAAAUUUGAGGCGUUACAUAGUUUUUGUCAAGUCUCCUGUGAAAAAUUUCUUACUGCUUGUUUACUCGGUUGCUGUUUGUUUCUAUUUGUGAAUUUUGAUCAAUUUAUUUUUUACACUUGGGUUUACAUUUCAUGUUAUUUAUUUAUUUAUUUUAAAUUAAUUUUGCCUUUCAUUUAUGCUUUUCUUUUAAUAUUUAAACAGUUUUUAAACAUCUCCUAUUUCUUUGCUUUUAGAAACUCUUGGGUUUAUUUUGCAGUUUGCUUUAGGUCAUUAUCCAGCUGCACCGUGAAGAGCUGUCUGAUCAGUUUUGCAGUGUUUGUCUGAAACCGAGCAGAAAGCAUGUUCCUGUACACUUCACUAAAUGCAUCCUGCUGCUUCUUUCAACGGUCACAUCAUCAAUAAACACUAGUGCCUCAGUUCCACUGACAGCUAAACAUGUCCAUGCCAUAACACUGCCUCCACCAUGUUUGACGGAUGAUGUGGUGUGCUUCAGAUCAGAAGCUGUUUCUCUUUUUCUCCUUAUUUUUCUUUAUUGAUUAUUCUGAUCCUUCUGUAUUUCAUAUUUGUAGGCUUUGACAACCUUCACAAAAGGGUUCCUAGAAAAGAAAUCUGCAAUCAUUCACUUCAUUUGUGUUUGAAAAUGUCACAAAAGCUUAUGGAGCUAACUGUAUGCUGGUUUCUACGUUUUGUAUUUCUGCCCUGGACUGUUUCAAACAUAACUUGACAUGUUAAGCAGACAUAAGCAGUGAGCAUGUGAACAUAAUUUUGGCACACAUGCCUCAUUUAAAUGGGCAUUACAUUACAUCGGCUCUAUCAUUUAGUUCAGUAUGACACGAACUGUAUUUUCUUUAGUCUUUAGUUACUAAAAGGGAUCAGACACAGAAAGGUUUUUCAUAUGUCGUGCACUGGGGAGGGGGUCAAACAAUCCUGAACUCUGGACCAAGAUACUGGAAUGGGGAUCAGCUUGUUUGUUCCAGAUGUGUUUAAGGGCUGGAUUUUGAGACACUGGUGAGGUGAUCUUGCACUGGGACGCUAUGCAAUGUGUUAAUGAUGUGAGUUUUUCUCUGUGUGUGUCCUCAAUAUUACAUUUACAUUGUGCUCUAGAUGAGAAAAAAUAAGGGGAAAGGGUUGCAAUAAGUCAAGCAUUUGGUUUAAAUAGCUGUCUCUGCUGGUCAUAGUGAAAUGUGCAAUUACAUAUUUUAACCUAUUAAGUGAAUAUAUAAGUGUGCUCAGAGUGUGGUAUGGAGACAAAGUGGAGACAGAAGCGUAAUGAAAGUACAACUUAGAGGAGAUUUUGUGGUUUCACUCGCUCUUUGUUAUUUAUG